AUGGGUUUACGUAAUAUAGCUCGGUUCCAACGUGUUCAAGGGUUACAUCGGAACGAUCGUUCUACUCGACGAAAUUUCUGUUGGGUAUUAAAUAAACUGCAGCGUGAACCACGUAUUCUGCAACGAUUGCUUUUUACAGAUGAAAGUAGUUUCUUGAGCAGUAAUAUGUUGAAUCCACAAAAUUCGAGGAUUUGGGCCCACAGAAAUCCUCAUGCAUUGUUUCAAAGACACAAUCAAGGACGCUUCGCUAUUAAUAGACGCCACUCAGUCUAUUUCAUGCACGAUGGUGUACCUCCUCAUAAUAAUCGACGAUGCCGGCCUGCUCCACACAUAUGGCCACCACGUUCUCCAGAUUUAAAUCUAAUGGACUUUUUUUUUGUGGGGAGCAGUGAAAGAAAUUGUUUACCGCUCGGACCAAUGGUUUAG